ACUUCUCUCUCAUCGUCAUCUACAGACACGUUCAUUCUAUUGGGACUUCCUCUUCUCAUUUGGCUCCACUUAACUUCGGUUAAAAUGGGGCGCCGACCAGCGAGGUGUUAUCGGUACUGCAAGAAUAAGCCGUAUCCAAAAUCGAGGUUUUGUCGUGGUGUUCCCGACCCGAAGAUCCGUAUUUUCGAUCUUGGCAAAAAGAAAGCAUCUGUCGAGGACUUUCCAUUGUGUGUGCACUUGGUGUCGGAUGAAUACGAACAGCUAAGUUCGGAAGCUCUGGAAGCUGGCCGUAUCUGUGCCAAUAAAUACAUGGUGAAGAAUGCCGGCAAGGAUCAGUUCCACAUUCGUAUGAGACUGCAUCCCUUCCAUGUCAUCCGUAUCAACAAGAUGUUAUCGUGUGCUGGAGCUGAUAGGCUCCAGACUGGAAUGAGAGGUGCUUUCGGCAAGCCUCAGGGUACCGUAGCUAGGGUACACAUCGGUCAGCCGAUCAUGAGCGUUCGGUCCUCCGAUCGUCAUAAGGCGGCCGUCAUCGAAGCUCUGCGACGUGCCAAGUUCAAGUUCCCCGGUCGCCAGAAGAUCUACGUAUCGAAGAAGUGGGGCUUCACGAAGUACGAUCGUGCUGAGUACGAGGCGUUGAAGACCGCAGGCCGUCUUGCCCCAGAUGGCUGUAAUGUCAAGUAUUUGCCCGAACACGGACCGCUCGAAGAGUGGAAAAAAUUCAGGAAGGCACUUGCUACAGCCUAAAUAGGUACAGAACAUUCUGAGCACGGGGUUGAAUAAAAUAAUUGUAAAGAA